AUGUGCGAUACACUUCAAGAUGGCGAGGCAGUGAAUAAACAAACACAAAUGGAAAAUCAAAUUAUUCAGACUCUCGAGAAAAAACUACGUGACUACGAGACCGCCGUUGCCGAAAAGGAAACGUACCAAAGAAAAACAGAAGUCGGACUUGGAUUAUUGGAUUCAGUAAAAGACAAACAAACAUGUGUUUUUAACGAGCUGAUCGAUGUAUAUGACGCACUGACACUUAAGUACGAGUUUGUACGCGAACAAUUGAAAAUAUUUUACGAGGAAAACGAUUGUUUUCGGUUUGAUGUUAAGCAAUUGUCUGAGAAAUUAUAUGAUUUGAAAUUUGCAGUAUCGAGUCUGAAUACUGUUUGCUCGACUCUCAAAGAUGAAAUCGAAAGACAAGAAAAAGAACUUGCGUGUCUCACCGGGACCAUACAUGAUUUGCAGGUAAAGGAGCAGCAAAUAGAAUUGGAAAUAACAGAUAGGGACCAAGCAAUUGCUUGUGUAAAAAAAUCGAUUGACGAAAAAUGUGCCCAAAGCACUGAGCUGGAAAAAAAAAUAACAGUGGAAAAGGUGAAAAACGACGGUUUACAGUGUUCAAAAGGCGAAAUAAAAAUCGAAAAUGAAACGAUCGUGAGUUCGUUGCAAUCCGAGUUGGUAACUAUACAAGACCAAUUCAAUGAAACAUGUACCGAAUGCGUGAAAUACGAACAACUUUUUGAUUGCAAACAAAGAGAUUGUGAAAUGCAAAAUGAAGAAUUGAUAAAGCUAAAAAAACAAAUCACCGCUCUUCAAGUAGAAUGUGAAAAGCAAAGAUGCCAGUUUGCCGAAGAAAUCAAUUUCCUUAAAGGUCAGGUCAAGUCAUCGAGCAUAAAACUAGAGUUAAACAUUACGGUACUCCAUGAUGUGCAAAUGGAUAAUAAUCAACAAGUGAACAAGUCACAAGAUAAUAUAAAAACUAUAAAAGGAUUGAAAGCUUUGGAAGAAUCCCUGCAACGAGAAAUCAAGCAAACCAAACAGGACCAUGAGUUAGCGAUACAAAAGCUCGCGGCUGAACGCAUACAAAGGUCGAACGAAGCGAAAUUUCACGAUAGGAAAUCGAUGUUGAAAAUUCAAGAAAAGCUUGAGCUUAAACAAUUGUACGAAGACCAGGUGCGAGAAAUACAAAGACUAAAGAUGUACUUAGCCGAAGUUAAACCGAACGAUACACAAGAAACGUUCAGGGGUACACUAGACACAUGUUUAGAAUUAUUAUGCGAAGAAGAUAAGAUUCCAGUUAAUGAUGAUAUUUAUCAAUGUUAA